AUGGCGGCGCUGCCUCUCCUCGCUGCUGGAGCCGCCGGCCUGGUGCUGUCUCCGCCGCUGAUGCACCCGUCGCCGCCGCGCGGCGUGAUCGCGGCGCGCGGCGGGCCGGCGCUGGCGCUCGCAGAGCCGGCGAGCUCGCAGAACCCGGGUCGGCCGCUCACUGUGGCGAUCGCGGGCGGCGGCGUGGGUGGGCUGACGACGGCGCUGGCGAUGCUCAAGGCGGGCUUCGAUGUGACCGUCUACGAGAAGACGGGCCAGUUCGCCCGCUUCGGCGGCCCCAUCCAGUUUGCCUCCAACGCGCUCUCGGCGCUCAAGGCGAUUGACGAGCGGCUGUUUGAGCGGGUGAUCGCCGACUUCACCUUCACGGGCACGCGGCGGUGUGGCAUCAAGGACGGGCUGCGCGCCGAUGGCAGCUUCCGGAUGACGCCCGUCGCCGACCCGCGCUUCCUCUUCGACCCCUCCACGCCGGCCGACUGGUACCUCGAGUUUCCGCUCAAGGCGUGCGCCGACUUCUUCGACCUGCCGUACACGGGGGUGAUCGACCGGCCGGACCUGCAGGACAUCCUGCUGGACGAGUGCCGCGCCAUCAAGCCGGACUUCAUCGUCAACGGGGCCCCCGUCGCCAGCUACACCCAGACGGAGGCCGGAGUGGUGGCGACACUCUCCGACGGAAG